GGAGGAGUCCGUCACCUCCCCACCCCCAUCCCACUUUGGUGCCACCCUCGUAGAUGAAACUUGAGCCUGGGUGGCCAAGGACGCCGGAGAGGCUGCCUUUUGCGUGCCAGAGCACCGCACCUUUGGGCAGAACUUAAAGUCCCUGCCGCAGCUCACCCAGGCUAGGACCACCGGCGCCCAGCUGCCCUGCAGUCGGCCGUUUUCGCCAGGGCUGAGGUCAUGGCCAGGACGGCUCUCGACCCUGCUCUCAGGACCACCUCUCUGUUCUCCUGACCGACCGCCCUGAAUCCUCCGCAUCGCUGCUGGGGUUCCUGGCUGUCCCUUCACUCGUGUCUCGGCCAGGUCUACCGUCUGUCCUACAGAGCAGCUUGGGGCCACCGGCUUGGAUGGACGCGCUGAGGCUGCCCCAGCGUCCAGGGGUCCUGUUUCCGAAGUUGGUCCUGCUCUUUAUUUAUGCAGAGGAUUGCCUUGCUCAGUGUGGCAAAGAGUGCCGAUCUUACUGCUGUGAUGGAAGUACACCCUACUGCUGUUCCUACUACGCCUAUAUUGGGAACAUUCUCUCGGGCACGGCAAUUGCUGGCAUCGUGUUUGGAAUCGUGUUCAUCAUGGGGGUCAUUGCAGGAAUCGCCAUAUGCAUCUGCAUGUGCAUGAAAAACAACCGGGGGACCCGAGUGGGAGCCAUCAGAACAGCGCAUAUCAACGCCAUCUCCUAUCCCAUGGCGCCACCCCCCUAUACUUAUGAUCACGAGAUGGAAUAUUGCACAGACCUGCCGCCGCCAUACUCUCCAGCCCCACAAGCCUCAGCCCAGCGCUCUCCACCCCCUCCAUAUCCUGGAAAUUCAAGGAAAUAUUCCUCCUCCCAGAGCAGAAUAUGUGACAAUUAGCAAUUUUACCUAGAACAAAAUCCCUCAAUUUAGAAACAUGCACAAAAAUGAUUGUCUACUGGCUAGGGUCAGAUAAUAUCUCAGGCAGAAUAUCCAUGUGGAGCAGGCUUACCCUGCUUGGAGCUAGGUGGAGAAUUAUGCUUAGUUCUCUGAAGUCAUAGAUGAAGUGAUCUACGGAUCCACCCAAGCACAGUCAGAUUAAUACAGUAUAAUUGGCAGGCCUUCUGAUAAUCAUGCUGCUUUAGGACAAGCUGAAGGCAACUUCAGUAUUGAGCCUGGAAUACAGAAGAACAGAAGAUAGUCUGAUCUACAUCAGGAAAGAGCUGUAUUGCAUAUAGCUUUAGGAGAACUAGAACAGUUCGUUAUUUCAUUUAUCCACAAAUAUAUAUUAAGUGCCUUAGAGCCCACUCUGUGCCUGGCAACAUCAGGGGCCCUGGAUGGAAGUAACCAGGGAGGACUUUGGUUCUGGCACAGGCAUACCUCAUCUUGUUGCACUUUGACCUUUCUCACUUUGCCAGUGUUGCAUUUUUUAACAAAUUGAAGAUUUGUGGUAACCUUGCAUCAAACAGUGUCAUUUUCCUAACACUAUGAGCGCACUACCUAUCCUUGUAUUGUAUGUUGGUCAUUCUCAACAAUAUUCAAAACAUUUUCAUCCUCACUAUUAUUAUGCCUGUUAUGAUGAUCUGUGUUCAGUAAUGGUGUUGUUAUAGUAGCCUUUUGUUUGAAUAUGUCAUGAAUUCUGCACAUAUAGAAUGAUGAGAUUAGUAGAUUGGUAAAUAUUAUGUGUGCCAUAUCUGCUCCACUGAAAAGCUCCAUCCCUCCCUUCUCUCUCUUUCUCUCUCUCUCUCUCUCCCUACUCAGAGAACAACAUUGAAAUUAGGCCAAUUAAUAAGCCAACAAUGACUUCUAAGUGCUCGUGCUAAAAGAAUCAUAUAAUUCUUGCUUUAACUCAAAGCUGGAAAUGACUCAUCCUGGUGACAAAAGCAUUUUCAAAUCCAGCAUAGGCUGAAAGGCCAACAUCAUAUGCCAGCUGGUAAGUUAAGCCAUAAACGCAGAUGAGGCCUUCUCAAAGGAAACUAAAACUGUCUCUCUCCAAACACAGGAAUGAUAGAAAAGAAAGAGAACAGUGACCCAUUGUUUACAAGAGGAGCUCUUCAGUGGUAUGUGCAGCAGAUCAAAACAACCACAUUGCCACAAGUCAUAAAACUUGAUUCAGUGCUAGGACCUAACUCUUCAUUCUACAAAGGCUGGCAGAGGCAAACAAAAAAACAUAAGCAUAGCUUGCAUGUUGUAAGAGAAAGAUUGAGAAGAGUAGCGAUCAGGUCCUGAGGUGAAGGAAAGGAGCUGCCCUUGUAGUAACAAAGGGGAAAAAAUGAAGCCUUGGUCCCUGCAAUGGAGGUUGCUACCUAUUCUCCCAAAGACCUAGUUAGGAUCACAUAUAAGAUGACUACCUGAUAUAAAUGAAAGACCCUACUGUGGAAGGACUUGCCUUCUAGAACUUCCACAGUGACAAAAACUAGCCAUCUUAAUUCCAAACCUCAAAAGACAGCCUGGCUUUGUUGUUAGUGUUUAUAACCCAAUUGGUGACUUUCACAUGAAGCCAAUGUUCAAUGUUCAUUUUCUAGUAGAAAAUCCUAGCCCUCUAAAGAAUAUGCAAAGUUUGCUCUGCCUAUCAUCUAUAAAUAGAACAACCAGGUCUAUUUUUUGAUGUAGUUUAAUGAAUGUUUUAAACCAAGUGUUGAGACUGCUCAGGGAAAAACAAGGUUUCUUUCAAAACCUUACUGCUCGUUGACAAUGUACUGAUAGUCCAAGUGCUCUGAUGGAGAUGUACAAAGAGACAAAGGAUGUUUCAUAUUUAUGAAUGAUUCCAGUCCUACUCUGUCCCUUAGACUAUGGUUAACUUCAACUUCUAAGUCUCAUUAUUUAAUAACUGCCUUUUUAGAGGUCAUAAUGGACACAGAAAUGGGAACUUUUGGGGGCUUGGCAAAGUCCUGGAAAGAACCUACGAUUGUAGCUCCAUGACUCAUGAGAGGAAGUCAAGAGGUCAGUAUUAGUACACAUUUGGAGGAAGUAGACUCAUAUAUAACGUUGCCUUUGUUAGGGCUUUGGUGGAGGAAGUACCUACAGAUAUGGUAAACCCAUGAAGGAGUUGAAGGUGCAACUCAGUUGCUAUGCCUUAUGAUAUCACUAUCAGAGGAACAAUUGCUUCUUAUAGUGAGCAAUGAAAGAAGCUUUGGUUCUUCUGGUGAAACACGCUCCUGGUGAACGGUGCUGUAGGCAGAGACGACGUGACAGCAGAGGGUUUAGAGUAUUUCUAAGUGACUUGACAAGUCAGCAGUGGAAUUGGAAAAAAUUACAACUUUGAAAAAAGAAACAUCUUGCAUCAAAAGCUGCCAAGCAGCAUCCUAUGCUGCAGAGAACCCUUUUGUGAAGAGAAGUUUCAACCCAUGUAGCAACUUCACUGUCAUAUUAUUUGAAAGAACUAACAGUCUUCCAGAUUGAACAACCACCAGUCUAAUCACCAGCAACUUCACCCCCACCCCCACCAAAAAGACUUUGACCUGCUGAAUGCCUGGGUGCUAUUUGCUAUUUUUAAGCAAUGAAAUAUUUUAAUGAGUGUGUAAACAUUGCUUUGAAGACACUUAACAAACUAUAGUACAGUCUGAACUUAACUUUAAUGUGCACUGGAAAACCAAAUAUAUUGCUGUGAUUCUCUUGUGAAAUUUGCUUUACAAGAAAGACAAGCAAAGAUGUCAUAGAUGAUAUCAAAGUCUUACUGGUAUGGGUAUAUCAAAUGCAUGCCAUCUCCAAAGUAUGUUUGUAAAAUAAAACAAAGCAAGCAAACAACAAAAACUAGUUGCAACUUUACUGUUGACUAGCUUUAUGAAGCUUUAUGAAGCCCUUCCAUCAAGAUUCCAAACAAAAUGUGUCGGUGUAGUAAAGAAAUAUUCUAGAAAGGAUGAUUAAAAUGAAAAAUGGAUCAAACUUUUGCUUUUGUUUUAGGUAGGUGUGAUUAGCUGUGUCUGAAGCAAUGAGAGCAACAAAUCAAUCUUAUCCACUGACUUUGACUAUUUAAGCAAGAUCAAAGGGGCCCAACAGUUUCUGGGAGCUAAGAUCUCCAUAGUCAUUACUAACCCCUCUUAAAAACCCACAUGGCUUUAGUCACUGAUAUAUGAAGGUUGCUUCAACUGUGGAAUUAAAAGGUGAGAACCCAAAUAUUCCCAGGGUUUUUAUAUCAGUAAUAAAAUGUGUAAUUUAACCAUAUACAAAAGACUUUUCAAAAACGGAAUAUGAAUGCUCAAAUAUAAAUCCAUUUCUUCCAUUUUAUAAAUGUUAAUCUUUCAGAAAAGUUAUAUAAUUAAUGGGAAAGGCAAGAAGGCACAGGGCUGCCUUUUGCCUGAGUACUAGUUUUUGUGAAGUGCUUACCUUUAAAUGUAAAAGCAGUCAAUAAAAAACUCCAGUGUUCCAUGUUCUACUUCAAGUGGCCCUAACAUUCAUAUUUUUACAUGGGUCUUUUUGUAUACUUUAAAACUGUUUGCCAAACACUAGGAAUAGAUGGUCAGACCUUUAGAUCACUUUAAAAGAAAACCUUAAACACUCAAUCCAGUAUCAUGAUUAUAAUUCAGUGACAUUCCAAAAUGACACUAAGACACUUGAUAAAUAACCAAGAGAAAUAUGUUACAAUAUAAGUUAUGGGAAUCUGAGCUUGGAGUUGAGGAAGUUAAAAUGAAUAAAUAAUGCCUUUUAUUGUAUCAAAUAUCUUUAGUAGAAAUGUGUGGGUCUGACUGAACAUGGUCUACAGAGAGUAUCCAGGCUGGGUUUGUUUUGAGUGACUUGCUUGGCUUAGGCAAGAAUAAUCUUAGCUUUGAAGAUGUGAAGCCUUCAGGGGUCCUGUCUGUUCUAGUAAGAGGCUUCCUGCCUAGUAUGAAGUAUUGGCAUAGUGUUAACAGUACAUGGAAUUUGAUUUAUUUUUCUUCAGCAAAUGUGAUUAGUUUCCACUACACUACAGCAAUAGUUUGCAAUGCCAAAGUCACGGUGAUCUGAGAAUGUUGUUUGCAAAUCCACUACACAUUUCUAAAGAAAAAUAGAGAGGCAUUUUCUGCCAAAAUCGAAUGUUCAUCUCAACACUAAUGUACAUAUACCACCUGCCUCUGACAUUCUAUAAAUAUUGCCUGCACGGAAACCAUUUCUGUCUACACACUCUCUCUCUUUGAGUUGUUUAUGGCUUGCCCUAAGGCAUAGCACAAACCUAUAUAUUUACAAUAGAUGAAGGAUUUUACUGCUCUUACUAGUGUCAUAAUAACAGAAAUGGUUAGAUCAUGGAUGUCUAAAGUUAACUGAUUAUUUCCAAAAGUAAUGUAUAUUGGAGGAAAACAAUAUUUGAUGUAAAAUUUGAUUUUGUUUAUUUAAGAACUAACUUUUGCUAUGGCUAAUUUGUUUACAAGGAUCAAUAAAGUGAAAGAACUUAUAACAAGAA